AUGUCCGAAAAGGAGCGGCAGUCCGGCGAGCAGGAGCGCUUGGGUGCCACCAGCAACUCCUCUGAGCCAGUGCUGCCCACGGUCAAUCCAGCGACUGAAAAGCCAGCCGCGCCAUCCAACGACCUGCACCCGGCAAUCUACAUCGCUACGUGGAUCUCGCUCUCGUCGUCCAUCAUCAUCUUCAACAAAUGGAUUCUCGAUACUGCGGGGUUCCGCUUCCCCAUUGUCCUCACUACCUGGCAUUUGGCGUUUGCGACGCUCAUGACCCAGAUCCUGGCCCGCUUCACCACGGUGUUGGAUUCGCGGAAGAAGGUGCCCAUGACGGGCAAGAUCUAUCUGCGCGCCAUUGUGCCAAUCGGCUUGAUGUUCAGUCUGUCAUUGAUCUGUGGAAACCUGACAUAUCUCUACUUGAGCGUGUCGUUCAUCCAGAUGCUUAAGGCCACGACCCCCGUUGCGGUUCUCAUUGCCUCCUGGAUCUUCGGUGUCGCGCCGGUCAACAUGAAGACCCUCGGGAACGUCUCCUUUAUUGUUAUUGGAGUGAUGAUUGCGUCCUACGGCGAGCUGCAGUUCGUGCUCAUCGGCUUUCUCUACCAGCUGGGAGGAAUCGUGUUCGAGGCAACCCGUCUCGUCAUGGUGCAGCGCCUCCUCUCCUCUGCCGAGUUCAAGAUGGACCCUCUGGUCUCUCUUUACUACUUUGCUCCAGCUUGCGCCAUUAUGAAUGGAUUAGUUUCUCUUUUCGCGGAGAUUCCCCGCAUGACCCUCCAGGAUGUUGCCAACGUUGGAUACUUCACACUGCUGGUCAACGCGAUGAUUGCAUUCCUGUUGAACGUGUCGGUCGUCUUCCUGAUCGGCAAGACCUCCUCUCUCGUCAUGACCCUUUCCGGGGUGCUGAAAGAUAUCCUCCUCGUCCUCGCGUCCAUGGUCAUCUUCCAGGACCCUGUUUCCCCGCUCCAGUUCUUCGGAUACUCCAUCGCACUUGGUGGCCUGGUCUACUACAAGCUCGGUGCAGAUAAGCUGAAGGAGAAUCUGGGAGGCGCGCAGCGUGCUUGGGCAGAAUACGGUGCGAAUCACCCGGCCGCACGCAAAGUCAUCAUCUUCRGAGGUGUCCUAUUCACCAUUUUCCUGCUAUUGGGAGGUAUUGCGAGCAGUGGCUACGUUCCGGACAACAUCACAGAUGCCGCUGGAAAGCAGUUUGGAUCUUGGACUGGUACCGGCGGUUCGUAG